UGAGCAAGAUCGAAUCGAAGACCCAUACAUCCUAAGCUGCGACAUGACUUCUCCAUCAGCCGACGAGCCCACGGUCCAGAAACGCAAGAUGAGCCACUGCGACCGCCUCGACGACGGCACACCACCAAUCCACACCGACCCCGACCCAAGCCACUCGCCCUCAGACGCAGAAGACGAAAAAGUCGCCUACAACGGACCUGCCACCAUUCACGUGGUGAUGCUGCGCGUGAGCAAUGAAAGUUCUGCGCGCCCAAUGCCACAAGCUGCGUUCUUUGGUCGCGACAAGGCGCUUGCAUUCUCCACGCGGAUUUUGCUGCAGUGGUGUGAGGCACACCAUGAUGAUUAUGUGUGGAAAGGUCCGGAGAUCUUGAGGGCGGGUUUGGUUGACAGGUAUGCUGCGUACCAUGCGCAGACUGGGCAGCAGCUUGCUGUUGCGGAUGUGAUUAGGGUGAGUAUCUUUGAUGCUAAGGAGACUGAGGUUGUUCUCAAGAAGGAAGAUAAGAUUGAGGAUGAGAAUGAUGAAGACGAUGAGGAAAGCGAGAAGAGCGAGGAGAGACUUGAUGAGGUGCACAAUGAGGAACACCAGGAGCAACUCGAGGAUGGAUCUGAGGGAGGCUCAGAUGACACUGAAACGACUUCCACUUACUCGGCUCAAAUCGAGGAACGAGAGGUCGACCUUGACACGAUGUCCUUAAUGUUGGCUCAUAAUUAUCAAGUCGCGUCUGGAGAGUAUGCUAUGGACCUGGCUACCAGAACCGUGAACCACGACGAGAGAAAUACAUCAGGUUGGAGCAAGCGUCGAAGUGCUUGGAGCGAGGACCAUGAGAUGAGAGUGUUCGGCGGGGCUACUGAA